AUUAUCUAAGAUUUACCACCGUAAAUAUUGUAAAAUCACUUUUCGUUAUUCUUUCAAUCUAGAAUUUUGAAUUAUUGUCUAUUGAGAAGUCAGAAACUUACAGAAUUCAACAUGCAAAACGACGCCGGAGAAUUUGUUGACUUGUACUGCCCGAGGAAAUGCUCUGCCAGCAACCGUAUCAUCCCUGCUAAAGAUCAUGCUUCUAUACAGAUCAAUUUAGCCGAAAUCGACUCGGCCACUGGUCGCAUAACCGGAAAUCACAAAAUCUUGACCAUUAGUGGAGCUAUUCGUCGUAUGGGAGAGUCAGAUGACUGCAUAACGAGGUUAGCAAAAGAACACGGGAUUGUAGCUAAGAAUUUCUAGGGUCACUAAAGUUAUGAAUUUAUUCUAUUUAAAAAUGUGAAUAAUAAAAAAAAAAAAAAUACAAAACUAUCUAGUGUUUUUAUUUUUUGAUAUUUAAUGUCAUAUUGAAAAGUCUGCAAUGAAUCAAUAAUAACCCUUUAUUUAUUCUA